UUUUCCAAGUUCGGCUCCCAUCACUGCAUCCCUGCGGCUCAGCAUCCCUCCUGGCAGGAUGGCGACCAUGGCACUGGCACUGUUCCUGCUGGCUGCGGCUCUCCCGUGCCCGGCUACCGCCACCUUGCGCAUCGGUGCCUUCAACAUCCAGGCGUUCGGUGACACCAAGAUGUCCAACGAGGGAGUGGCAGGCAUCAUCGUCAGCAUCCUGUCCCGCUACGAUGUGGUGUUGGUGCAGGAGGUGCGUGACUCCGACCUCAGCGCCGUCACUGAGCUCAUGGAGCAGCUCAACAGCAUGUCCACAUCCCCAUAUGACUACGAGAUCAGUGGCCCCCUGGGACGGGACAACUACAAGGAGAUGUACCUCUUCAUCUACAGGACAGACGUUGUAUCCGUGGUGGACACCUACCAAUAUGAGGACCCCCAGGAUGUCUUCAGCCGGGAGCCGUUCAUCUUGAGGGUCUCAGCACCUCACACCAAGGUGGAAGAGUUUGUGCUGGUGCCACUGCACUCGGCUCCACACGAUGCCGUUGCUGAGAUUGACGCGCUCUACGACGUCUACCUGGCCAUCAUCAGCAAGUGGGGGACUGACAACAUCAUGUUCCUGGGGGACUUCAACGCCGACUGCGCCUACGUCCAGCCAAGCGACUGGUCGGCCAUCCGCCUGCGCACCAGCGACAUCUUCAAGUGGCUGCUCCCCGAUGGCACUGACACCACCGUGGGGAAGUCAGACUGUGCCUAUGACAGGAUUGUGGUGUGCGGCGCAAAGCUGAAGAGAAGCAUCGUGCCAAAUUCAGCUGCCAUCUACAAUUUCCAGCGCGCUUUCCAGCUGGAGCAGGAGGAGGCCCUGGCAGUCAGCGACCACUACCCAGUCGAGGUGAAGCUGACGGCUUGAGCUCCUCCCGCGGCCACAGACCACGAUCCAGCUCCAGCUCCCACCACCAACCCCCGCGAAGGCGCUCCCCACAGCCCCAUCCACAAGCCCUCUGCGUCAGCUGCUCCAGGCCCCAGUCUGGAGGAGGGCCGCAGCCGGCCGCUGGCCGUGCCCAGACCCCCC